AUUUUAAUAAGCGAUGCAUCUAUCCUCCACCACCGGUUACACCCUUCAGGUAUAUCGUACACUCUUCGCUUCUCUCUCAUCUUUUCUGUUUCGAUCUAAAAUCUAUAGAAGCAAAUCAAUUAAGCCCCCAAACAGUUGUUAAUUUCCAUUCCUUCAAACACUCUUUUUUUAGAACCAUGGCAGACCACCCUUAUUCCAGUUUCUUCUCAGGUUGGUACAAGUUCAACCCUCUUCAAAAUUACCCAUCUCCAAACCCACCCCCUCAACACAACCCUAAUUUAUUCACCCAAAACUUGUAUAACAACACCACCAUCUUCAUGAGAAAUGACCCCACCAAUACUAACUCAUUUUUUCACUACCAAACUAGCUGCACCUCAUCACCUCCCUCCCCACCUGUUAGAAAAGAGUUGCCACUAUUGAGCUUGACUCCCACUCCCACAAGGUGUGAGAAAGAAGAGGAGGAACAUGAUGACGGUGUUGAAGACCAAGAUCAGGAUCUGUAUAUUUGCAAUGGGAUGAGCAAAGGGAAAGAGGGAGGGGGGCUGGUUUUGAGUAGUGGUGCAGCGGAGGAUGAAGAUGAAACUGUUACGGUUGCACUGCAUAUAGGGUUACCAAGCCCUACCGCUUCAGAGUUGGCUUCAGUUUUAUCAUCAUCAUCAUCAUUCUCGGAGAUGAGAGACAAAGAUGGGGAUGAGUACCCUGUCAACACUCUCAACAAGGGACAAUAUUGGAUCCCUACCCCUUCUCAGAUCCUUAUUGGCCCUACGCAGUUCUCUUGUCCUGUUUGUUGCAAGACCUUCAAUAGAUACAACAACAUGCAAAUGCAUAUGUGGGGGCAUGGAUCUGAGUAUAGGAAAGGGCCUGAAUCACUGAAGGGAAGCCAACCAACAGGCAUGCUGAGGCUUCCUUGCUAUUGUUGUGCACCAGGUUGUAGGAACAAUAUUGAUCACCCAAGAGCAAAGCCGCUCAAAGAUUUCAGAACUUUGCAAACGCAUUACAAGAGGAAGCAUGGGAUCAAGCCAUUUAUGUGCGGAAAAUGUGGCAAGGCAUUUGCUGUGAGAGGCGACUGGAGAACCCAUGAGAAGAACUGUGGGAAGUUGUGGUACUGCACUUGCGGCUCCGAUUUCAAACACAAGAGAUCUCUUAAAGACCACAUUAAGGCUUUUGGGAAAGGCCAUGCGGCUUAUAACAUCACUAUCAGCGGCUUGGAGGAAGAUGAUGACCCCGCAUCUGAAGUCGAACAAGAUUAUGACUUCAUGCAAUGAUGAAUAAUUGGGGAAAUAAAAUAAUUAAAAGGUUAAUGAAGGGGUGGCCAAUUAAUCCUCUACUUAUAAACCUUUAUUGUAUAUUGAUGCAUUAGACGAUAAUUAUGACUUACUCUUUGAAAAGAAGGAAUGGAAAAUCUAUGUUCUUUUAAUAUAUAA